AUUGGUUGAGCGGUGGAGGCGAGUCGCAAUGACGAGUCGGGAUGAGGAAGGUCAGCUUAGUAGAUGAGGCUGGAGUGACAGUUGAGAGGGCACAGCGGCGGCAGCAGCAGGCAUCAUGCCCUACCUACUGAUCAGCACCCAGAUCCGCAUGGAAACUGGCCCUACAAUCGUUGGGGAUGAAAGCUCUGAUCCACACCUAAUGGCGCAACUUGGAGCAGUUAAAAGGACGAUGCUGGGAAAUAAUUUUGCGGAAUAUGUUGUUAAUGAUCCCCCACGAGUGACCCUGGACAACCUUGAAAAUCUUGGUUACCGUGUCGUUAGCAUGACGGGGGUUGGACAAACUCUUGUAUGGUGUCUGCACAAAGAGUAGAAACCUCAAUCUUCAAGGACGGCUUCCUAUACAUCAGAUCAGCAUACAGGCCGGUCCAGGAAGCCAACUGUUGGACACCAAUGGAGGACAUCUGUGAAGAAAUCUCACCAUUCAAAAUCCUGGACACCUGCGACCCAGUGGAAGUGAUCUAUAAAAUGAAGGCAUCAUGCAAAUGUUAUAUAUAUACAUUUUAUUAGGGUAUAUACACAGGGAUAUAGGCGGAUUUAUAGCAGAAACUUCUGCAACAAGUCUGCCACGUGUGAAUAUGCCCUAUGGUUGUUUUAGCAUACUGAAAAUUUGGGCCCAGAAUCCACAUAAAAAUUCCAUAUGUUUUUCACACCAAGAAUGAUCACGUUUGGGACGAGCAAACUUGUGUUGUACAAGGUUCGGGUUAUCUAAGAAUUUUGUUAUGGAUUCAGCUACCACGGACCAUAGCUUAUGGUCCGUGGUAGUGAAAAUCCAUAACGGGAUUCUUAGAUAACAAGAACCCGAACCUUGUACGCCAAACUUGAAACACAAGUUCGCUCGUCCCUAAUCACGUUCCUUUUUGGGGUGGGUUUGUGACAGGGAUUUGCAAGCCAUGCGCGAAAAAAAUGCACUGUAUGACGUAUCCCAUGGAUUUCCCAUUGAAACCGUUAUGUUGUGAAAAUGUGUCAAAAUCCACACAGAAAUGUCAUUGUGUGAACAUGGCUUUAGUUUCCUGCUGCCAUAAAUUGGGAGAUAAAGGUGGACAUUACGGCACAUUUCAUCAGUGAUAUCAUUUUAGGAGUGUAAUGAUUAACGCUCUACAAAAUUCAGUAAAGAAUUGGUACAGAAUGACAAACUGUCUUGCACUCUCAAUUUUUACAUUAUUUUUUCCUAUUAUAAUGGUUAUACCAUUUUAUUUAGUUGUCUAUUUUCUUUUCUAUUGGGAUAUAGUCUAAAAUAAUUUACAUGUGGAAAAUAAAUGAUCUCAAAUUUC